AUGGACACCCUUCUCGAUCCUCCAGACCUGGAAGCUGCUCCCGGCAGAGAUGGGCAUAAUAUCUCUCAGACCGCUUGGAAUCGAAAUGUUUUACGGAUGGAGGACGAAAAGCAUGAACAAAAAGGCAAAGCGUCCGACAAGGCCAGCCUCGGUACACAACAGCUUGAGGCUUCCCCAGCAAAUGUGCCCCUACUCCAGGCACCCGAAGUCCUGCCUCCCCCCGACGGAGGCUUCAUGGCGUGGCUGCACGUUGUGCUGUCACAUUGCGUCUUUUUCAACACCUGGGGUGUGACCAAUAGCUUCGGAGUCUUCCAGCAAUACUACGAGCAGAGCCUUGAUCAUCCACCAUCCGACAUAUCCUGGAUUGGGAGCGUGCAAGUCUUUCUCCUGUUUUUCGUGGGAGUGUACGCUGGACGGGCGACCGAUGCAGGGUUCUUUCGACAUGUCUUCCUGUCCGGUGUCCUAUUACAACUCUUGGGGACGUUCCUGACUUCUCUUUGCACGGAAUACUGGGAGAUCUUUCUUGCACAGGCAAUCUGUGUCGGUCUGGGCCAUGGAUUCGUCUUCAGCCCCGCCAUGUCGGUCCUGUCGUCGUACUUUUCAACCAAACGUGCUUUGGCAGUGGGAUUGGCCGCGGUGGGUGGCGCCACGGGUGGUAUUGUGUACCCGGCCGUCGCGAACCAGCUUCUUUAUCACAGUGACAUUGGGUUUCCCUGGACUAUACGAAUCGUUGGCUUUAUCAUGCUUGGGACGCAUGUGCCCUCGCUGCUGUUCUUUCGACCACGACUUCCGCCGCGGAAAGCCGGCAAACUGAUCGAAUGGGCAGCUCUUCGGGAGUUACCUUAUACCACUUUUGCCGCGGCAUUCUUUUUCAAUUUCUGGGGUCUGUAUUUUGUCUUCUUCUACCUGGGCACUUUUGCUAGGGAUAAGCUUGGGGUGACCGAUUCAAUCAAUCUCGUGGUCGCUUUGAACGGCGUCGGCGUCAUCGGACGGUUUUUGCCCAACUUGGUCGGCGUUUAUUGUACAGGGACGUUGAAUAUAUUGCUGCCCUUCACUUUCACCGCGGCACUCUUGGUCUACUGUUGGAUUGCCGUGUCGUCGGUGAAAGCGCUGUGGGUAUUCACAGCUAUAUACGGCAUUGUUGCUGCUGGGACUCAGUCUCUCUGCUUAGCGACCGCGACAGUGAUGGUGACAGAUUUGCGCAAAGUGGGCACGCAAGUAGGAAUGGUACUGACCAUCGUCAGUUUCGCGACCUUGACGGGUCCUGCCAUCCAAGGAGCGUUGAUCCAGCGAGAUCAAGGAGGGUAUCUGUAUGCCCAGAUAUUCAGCGCCACCUCCAUCCUCAUCGGUGCUGUGCUUGCGGUCGCGGCGAGGAUUUCAAAAGUCGGGUACAACCUAAAGGUCAAAAUAUGA